CUGCUGCACGCGCUGCUCUCCAGAGUCACGGGCCGAGGAGCGAGGCGGGCAGCGAGAGGACAGACACUAACCUGCACAGGUAUCAGCGGCUGGCGUUCAGGAUGCUUUCGUCCCGACAUCAGACCGGGAGGUAACCCCACGUUGUCUGUGCCGUUGCCUCCUCCGUGCACCCCGGAGUGGAGAUGGUCCACUGGACCACGCAGUGGGGGACAUGUGCCUGUGUCCAGACUCUGCUGGCCAUCGCCCUGGCCAACUGCCCCUCGCUUUCCCCCAGCACCGUCAACUUCUCCGUGGUUUACACCAUGCCCUUCUUCCAGGCCCGGGGCGCCAUCCAGAACAUAGUCAACAACUCGCAAUACCAGGAGGUGUACGUCGCCUCUCAGAAUGUCAUCGAAGCCGUCAACAGAAGCUUGGAGAAGGUAUGGGAGCUCCGCACCGGGCCGGUGGGAAGCCCCGAGUGUCACGUAUGCAACUUGUGCAACAUUGACAAGGAUCCCAACUUCCUGGAGGACACAAACAACCAAGUCUUGCUGUUGGAUACUCUCUUUAUGUCUUUAUACUCUUGUGGAAGUUCCCAGUACGGCGUAUGCUAUUUCCACCAACUAAACCCAAACGGAGAGUCGCCUUCCCUCUCGAAGUGUUUGUUCAGGAAGGAUUCGAACUCCGCCGCGUACUGUCCCGACUGUCUGGCCAGCCCUCUUGGCACCAAAGUCACGAUGGUCGAAGAGGGCCAGACCGUCUACUUCUUCGUCGCCGCCUCUGUCAACGACAGCGUGACCCAGCGGUACGCGAGGAAGUCGAUAUCGGUGCGUCGACCGCUGGCCACGGAAGACGGCUUCUACAACGACGUCCGUGGCCUGACGGUCCUUCCGGGCUUGCGGCGGACGUACCAUAUCGAAUACGUCUACAGCUUCUUCACUCGGGAGUUCGUCUACUUCCUCUCGGUGCAGCGAGAGAGCCCCGAUCAGGACUCCUCCCCGCUCCAGACCCGCUUGGGUCGCCUCCCGCGGAACGAGUGGGAGAUGAAGAGGUACCGCGAGGUGAUCCUGGAGUGUCGCUUCGAGCCGAAGCGGCGGAGGAGGAACGUGGCCAGCGAGCCCUACAGGGACGUGGUGUACAACGUGGUCCAGGCGGCCCACUUCGGCACGGCGGGCAGGGAGCUGGCGGAGGAGUUGGGGGCCGAGGAGGAGGACGACAUCCUCUACGGGGUUUUCGCCGUCACCGAUGACAACGGGGUGACGGAGCGCGACUCGGCCCUGUGCGCCUUCCCGAUCGACAACGUGAACAAAGCCAUCGUGGAUGGAGUGGACGACUGCUGCGAGUCGGGGCCGGAGCAGCUCUCCAGAGGGCUCUGCCAUUUCCAGCCCUGCGAGAGCUGUCCCCAUGAGAGCAUGGAGAACAACGCCACAUGCAGAGACCAUCCGACCAUGCUGUCGAAGCCCUACUACAGAGUGGAUCUCUUCAACAGGCAGAUGACGGACGUCCUGCUCACAUCCUUGCUGGUCACAACCAUCGAGAACAAGACCGUGGCCCAUAUUGGCACUUCGACUGGGCGCCUGCUGCAGCUUGUAUUGACGAGAUCCAGCCCUCUCAUCUUUGCCAAUUACUCCUUGGUGGAGAACCAGAGGGUCACGUCCAUCGCCGCUGUUUCCUCGUCAGAGUAUCUUCUCUUUGUGGUUGGAGACAAGAUGAUCCAGGUGCCCCAGAGAGGGCCGGGCUGUCAACACUUCCUGACUUGUGCCAUGUGCCUGACAGCCCCGAAGUUUAUGGGCUGUGGCUGGUGCUCCGGAGUGUGCUCCUGGGAGAGCGAGUGUCCCAGCCGCUGGAGGAACGAGUCCUGCCAGCCGGGGAUCACUGGGUUCUUCCCGCGGACCGCUCCUCCCGACGGUCAAACGGAGCUGACGGUGUGCGGCUGGGAGUUCCAGUCCCCCGUGAGACCCGCCAUCACCUCCAGAACCCACCAGGUCCGACUGGGACAGACUCCGUGCACUGUGCUUCCGGUCAAAAGCAAUAACACACACUUGGUGUGUAAGAUUCGCUCGGGGUCCGCUGAGCUGUCCAAACCCGUUCACAUUACAGUGGAGGUGCAUGAGGGCAAAGUGGAGGGACGCUACUCUAUUGACGGGAAGGCAGAAAUGCCAGGAUUCAUAUUUGUGAUUCCCAACAUCACAGAAAUCCAACCCAACUAUGGGCCUCGUGUUGGGGGCACGCUCAUCACGGUGACUGGGCCGCACUUGGAUGCUGGGAAGACCAGGAAAGUCACUCUCAACGACAUGCCCUGUCCUAUAAAGAGAGUCACAAAGCCCAAAGGCAAUGUGUCCUCCAUCAUCUGCCUGUCGCAGCCCAUCUCAGAGGUGAGGGACGUCCCGCUGAGUGUUUUCAUCGACAAGUCUCCCGUCCUCACCACAAAGGUGUUCUACUACAAGGAGAACCCCAUGAUCACAGCCGUGCUGCCCGACUGCAGCUUUGACAGGGGGUCGAAGAUUGUCAUCGCGGGGGAGAACCUGGAUUCUGUGUACCGCACCAUCAUCCGCUUCAAACCCAAUGAGAGCCACUUGAAACCUGUGUCAAGGGAGUGCAUCGGUAAGUCCUUGCCCACGAGGAUGGAGUGCGUGUCUCCGGCGUUCCCCAGGGAUGAGACCGAGGAAGGAGAGCUUUCUUUCGACAUGGACGGAGCGCUGGGACUUUGGAACAAAGAGUUCUCCUACCACCCGUAUGGCGAGCCCAUUCCUUUUGAAAUGGAGGGACACGUGCUGAAUUUGUACCCCGGGUUCGACGAAGUGUCGCUGCACCAUCAAAAGCUGAAUCUGGUGAGCUCCUGUAUGACCAUCAUUAUGACGGUGGCGGGCGUUGAUUGUGAUGCUAAAGUCCUGGAUAACGAGAUCACCUGCAGGAUCCCCAAGAACAUGAGCAUCACCGGUGAGGGCCUGCCAGUGAAGAUCUCCAUCAACGGGCAGGUCCACAACGUCGGUACGGUGGUGAGGGUCAGCAACCAUUACAUGGUGGGCAUCGUUCUGGGGAUCCUGGCGGCUCUGGUGGCCGGGGCGGUGCUGGCCUUCGUCGCUAUGAAGCACCUGAGGAAGAAGAAGAAAGCCUCCAUGGUGGAGAGCCGUUUGACCCACAGCGCUAGCCGCUCCAGUACUAACACCGUGGAGUUGUCGCCCUCUGGGGACUACAGGAGAGCCGUGUCCCUGAGUCCUCCCAGCUACGCUGCAUACAGCGUAGAUCCGACCUUAACGCCCCUCAUGCCUCCGGAGAAGAUCUCCAUCUCUAGUUUUAGGCCCAAGCUGCUGGAGGAGGUGAAGGAUGUUCUCAUCCCCGCUGAGAUGCUCAUUGUGCAGCACCACCGCAUCAUCGGGAAGGGUCAUUUUGGCACAGUCUAUCACGGCUACUUUAAAGACCCCAACGACAGAGAAAUCCACUGUGCUGUCAAGUCUUUAAACAGAAUAACAGACGUGGAGGAGGUGGAGCAGUUUCUGAAGGAAGGGAUCAUCAUGAAGGGUUUCCACCACAUCAAUGUGCUGUCUCUGCUGGGCAUCCUCCUGCCGCAGGAGGGGCUCCCUCUAGUGGUGCUGCCGUACAUGAAACACGGGGACCUGCGACACUUCAUACGCUGCGAGAAGAGGAACCCCACCGUCAAAGAUCUGAUUGGCUUCGGGCUGCAGGUGACCAAGGGGAUGGAGUAUUUGGCUCAGAAGAAGUUUGUGCACCGAGAUCUCGCGGCACGCAACUGCAUGCUGGACGAGUCGUAUACAGUCAAGGUGGCAGACUUUGGCAUGGCCAGAGAUGUGUUCGAUAAGGAGUACUACAGUGUUCAGGACCACAGGAAGGCCAAGCUGCCCGUCAAGUGGAUGGCCAUCGAGAGUCUGCAGACACAGAAAUUCACCUCCAAGUCCGAUGUGUGGUCCUUUGGCGUGCUGUUGUGGGAGAUGCUGACCAGAGGAGCGAGCCCCUACCCCGAGGUGGACCCGUAUGACAUAACAAAUUACUUACUGAAGGGCAGGAGGCUUCCUCAGCCCCAGUACUGCCCGGGCCCUUUGUAUAGCAUUAUCCUCGAGUGCUGGGACCCCGAUCCAGAGCUGAGGCCCAGCUUUGCUACGUUGGAGUUGGCCGUCUCCAGCAUCCUGUCCGGCCUGGAGGGAGAGCACUACAUCAGUCUGAACGUCACCUACGUCAACCUGGACCAGCCGCGGCCCUACCCGGCCCUCACGGAGUCCGCGGACGAAAACGACUCCACAGACGUUGAAGACUCCGGCUCAGUCUCUUCCUGAUCCGCUCACCUUUCCUCUCCCACUUUAAAACGGUGUCGGUGCUGACAGCAAGUGCACGAGAAGAAAAAAAAAACUCUACCACGUUUCUUACCAGCAAAGCAGCUGAAACACAUCUGCCGCCUGCUGUUCGUUAGCCGGGCAUUGGAAGGGCGAUAAGAGGCCCUCAGCUAGCACGUAGCGCCACCGCCAUGUCGGAGACUUUUUGCAACAAUAGCAGAGUGACGUUUGAGCCUUCAGACUCAAAGUCAUCUUAUAAAAGUAUUUCACGGACAUUUAGUUUCUACGUUGUCGUUCACCGCUAACUGAUGCAGGGCUCUCAAGUGUAACGCGUUGAGCGUGAGACUCACGCAUUUCGGUCUUACGUCACGCACUCCCGCCACACAUCGUAUUUCUCACGCUGAAAAACAACUCUCGGCUAUUUAAUGUUUUAAUGUGCCGCAGCGCGCCAACAUGAGCUGGCCUCACCGUGGAGGAAUCAAGCGCUCCCCUGGAGUUCUGCUGUGAGGUGCCACUUAUCAGCCAAUCAAAAAAAAGAAAUGGGCUACACAAUAGCCAAUCAGAAAAAAACCCGUAUCUGGGUAAGAUUUAAUCCAGCAACCAAUGAAAAUGAAGCAUCCUGGAAUUGCGCGCGACUGACGGAAAUAUCCGAAAAUUUCGUUCUGCGGGGGGGGGGGGGAAUGUCACUCUUGCCUGUCUUCAAAACUUGAGAGCCCUGCUGAUGUCACCGACGAUGCACGUUUUGUAGCGCUAGCUUGUUAGCUAGAGAGCAAAAUAAAACAACGCGUUACAUGUCCAUUAUAAGCGAAUACGCAUUGCACUGGUUUGUUCACAUUGACAUGAACUGAAGUUAAAUAAAGGCACAUGCUAACGUCGGAUAGAUAACCAAAUCUUCGCCGAGCGGACGUGCCAAGCUAGCUUUUGUGUUUGUUCGCUCAGUUCUUCCACGUCCACGUCUGACGGCGUCGGCUACGGCAUUGAAAGGUGUCACGAUAAGUGCAGCGUCCGUGUAAUUUAGUGGCUCAUUCGCUUUGUUUUACUUCCUACGACAUAGUGUACCGCUACAGCGGCAUUUACGCUGAGGCACGACAUUCCCACGACAUUUGCUUGUAAUCCUUUUUGCGAUGCGGUUAUCGUUCUGUGUACUUUGGACCGCACAUGGUCCACCACAACGUCCUGAGGGCGAUCGCGACGUCACCCCGUUGCUCGCAUGUCCGACACAAUGUCUUUGAGAUAGUGUUGUGAAUUAAAAAUAUUUAUUUGUUUCUAGGUUUGUGCUCAUGCUGUGGACUUCAAGUAAACAUGAGAAUUCAGGCAAACCCCCUGCCACCUGCGGUUGAUUUAUACGCAUCAGUACUGUGCCUUCUCCACUAGAGGGCAGCAUUCUGUUAGAAGUCCUCCGCGUGGCCACUGAUCCUGAAGGCAUCGUUUCUGCCGUAGCAUAGCAACGUGAACGUCCCAGGUCUUUGCCCCUAUCGCUGAAAAACCGACCAAUAAUCCCUCUGGAUGCCGCAUAAAAUAUUAAAAAGCAGACCAGGGCCGCCCACAAGAGACGCUUGUUGCCCUCCUUCAUCUAUUCUGCCUGCAGAGGAGCACAUGAGUGCAUCUUCAGUGAAAUGAGUGGAGACCAACAGUCUGUCAGUCACAAAUAAAACCAAACAGACGUCUCACCAACAUACAGUUGCAACUCCCAGCGACUACCGCCCCCCCCUCAACACCCACACACACACACACACACACACACAACAAAACCGGAGUCAAAUAGAAGAAGAGGGAAAUAAACAUCAAGUUUUCUCUUUUUACAUCCAGCCGAGAACAAAAGUAAAUCCCGCGUGUGGGGCCUUUGAUAUAGAGAGAGUGAGCCCAGCUUGCGUUGUCAAAAUGUGUGUGUGUGUGUGUGUGUGUGUGAGGCCACAUUUUGCAGAGCAGAGCACACAGGAUCCACAGAAUCAAGGCAGCCAUGAUCCCCUCCCCCCCCUCUCUCCAUUUCUCUUGUUCCCUGUUGUACUAUCCGGGCUAUAAAAAGUGCAGAACCUGU